AUGCAUAUCAGCAACACAAGUCGAGGAAGCUCCAGACUCGGCAUCCUGCUGCUUCUCUCUGUACAGUUACUCCACGCUUCAGCUCUUCCUGCAGCUUCAUCCUAUGAGUUCACUGCUUACAGAAUGCAGCAGUACAACCUUCAGCAGGAGAAACAUGGCUGCCGUGGUGCCAUAGUUGUUGCAGAGGCACGUUGGGCGGACGAUUCUAGUCUGAGUCGGCGCUGUGCCAUCAUGAAACUGGCUGACUUUACGAUACAGCGCUUCCUACAGGCCAAGAGGCAGAAUGCAGCUGCUGUGCUCAUCCUGCUACCCCAAAACAUCUCUGUUGUACCCGAAGAUGUUGUCCAGAGUUUCAUGAUGACUGAGGCAGAAGCGCUGAAGAUUGAGACCCUCAUGCCUGUUUACGUAGUUCCUGAAGAUGAGCAGCUUUUAUACAUGUAUGAAGAGGUGAAACUGGCCGCGGCCACCAAAUCGAGGUCCUUCCUGGUCAGAGUUCUGAGCAGCAUGGUCACAACUACUGCCUUUCAGAUGGUGGUGAGCAACAACUCGCCCAUCAAGCCGAUCACUGAUACCUCCAUUGUUACACUAGAGGGUGUGCUUCCUGGAGUCAGAGAGGACCCGCCGACAAUAGUCAUCACCGCCCACUAUGACUCCUUUGGCCUGGCUCCGUGGUUGGCAUAUGGAGCAGACUCCAAUGGUAGUGGUGUCGCCAUCUUACUGGAAAUGGCUCGUCUGUUUCAGCGGCUCUACAGUGAUCCUCGCACCAAGGCUCCAUUUCACCUUCUUUUUUCUCUCACUGGUGGAGGAAAGUAUAAUUUCAUCGGCACCAAACGCUGGAUUGAUGAAAACCUGGAUCAUGCAGAAUCCAGCCUCUUACAUGAUAACGUGGCGUUCGUUCUCUGUUUGGACUCUCUCGGCUCUGGGGAUGAGCUUUUUCUUCACGUGUCCCGACCCCCAAAACCAGGAACACCUCAGUAUGGCUUCAUCCAACAGAUAGAGGAAGUCAUUUUGUCCAGGUUUCCAUGGGUCAUGAUUGGAACCAUACACAAAAAGAUCAACCUGCAGGAGUCUGUAGUAGCCUGGGAGCACGAGCGCUAUGGAAUGAAACACAUUCCAGGAUUCACCCUGUCCCACCUGGAGGACCCCAAAUCGGAGCGCCGGGGUUCCAUUCUCGAUACAGUGUCACAAGUGGACCUGCGUAAACUGAAGCGGAAUGCGGUUAUUGUUGUUGAGUCUUUGGCACGGUACAUGUACAACCUGUCAGAUAAGGGUUCUCCCAAGGACAUUCAGCUUUUCCGGGGCAGUUUGGAUGUUCUGGACAGUCGUUUAUCCGCGCUGAUGACCACAUUAACAUCUGUACCACGGGCAGCUCAGCUGAUGGACAAAGAGCCGCAGCACACUCUUCUCAUCAACAGCCUGGAGCAGGAGUUUAGACGCUACCUCCAGCAGGUCUACAGACAUACCUUUCACCAAGACCACAGAGAUCCAGUCAUAACAUUCUUUGAUCAAAUGAAGCAGCCGAUGAUGAUGUACAGGGUGAAGCCCGCUGCAUUCGAUCUGUUCCUGUGUGGCUGUAUUGCAGGUUAUUUAGGAGUAGUGUACUACGCAAUCCAGAACUUUGGUAAAUUGUACGCGAGGCUAAAGGCAGUCGUGAAGAGUAAACAGCAGUGAGAAGAGUCAGAGCAGAACUCAAUCAUGAUUGAAAAGGUGAAGACGGAGAAAAGCUGUUGAGGAUGCAAUACAGUGUUUUAAAAACGGGGAAAAUAAUUUAAUAAUCUGAAAAGACAGGUCAUUACUGCUUUUG